AAUGAAACGUUACAACUGCAAAUGGUCACGUCUGCUAAGUUAAUUUUAGACAUAGAGUUACCGAAAAUACAACACACAUAUCUCGCAUACACGGUUAGCUAGCUGGGUAGGGUAGACGGAAUGUUUGUGUGCAAUUUUGCCAACUGACAUUCUCUUCAUUCUCUUCUGGUUUAGUUGGUGAUUUAAGUUCAAGGUGAGAUUAAUUGGUGAAGUCUGAAAGCUUAUGUAAGCGCCUUCAAUGGCUAAGGUGUUGUAUGUUCACUGUGGUUAACAUGGUGUAAGUUCUUUGUGGUUAACAUGGUGUAAGUUCUUUGUGGUCAACAUGGUGUAAGUUCUCUGUGGUUAACAUGGUGUAAGUUCUUUGUGGUUGACAUGAUGUAAGUUCUUUGUGGUUAACAUGGUGUAAGUUCUCCGUGGUUAACAUGGUGUAAGUUCUUUGUGGUUAACAUGGUGUAAGUUCUUUGUGGUUAACAUGGUGUAAGUUCUUUGUGGUUAACAUGGUGUAAGUUCUCUGUGGUUAACAUGUUGAAUGUUCACUGUGGUUAACAUACUGUAAUUUAUCUAUGGUUAACAUAUUGAAUGUUCACUGAAGUUUACAUGGUGUAAUUUAUCUAUGGUUAACAUAUUGAGUGUUCACUGAAGUUAACACGGUGUAUGAAGUUAUCUAUGGUUAACAUAUUGAAUGUUCACUGUGGUUAACAUUGUGUUAGUUAACUUUGGUUAACAUGUUACAUGUUCUCCUUGGUUAACAUGGAGAAAGUUCUCUAUAGUAGAUAGGGAGAAAGCAUCCCGUGGUUAACAUGUUGUAAGUUCUUUGUGGUUAACAUUAAUUGGAGAAAGUUCUAUGUUAACUAUGUUAAAGUUUUCUGUGGUUAACUUGAGGAUUUUUCUCUGUAGUUAAUUCUGAAUGGAGAAAUUUCUCUGCGGUUAACUUGGGGAAAGUUCAAGUGCCGUCUAAGGACCAGCUGUUCGAGUGUAAGAAAACGCUUCCCAUGAUAAGAACGAGAUUCGUGUGUUAUUGAGACAGAAAAAAAAGACUGUCUCAUUGUGUGGUGUGUUCAGGACAUGUGUGAAGGAAACUGUGUGUAUGGAAGUGUGUAGCACUGAUUGAUAAUAUGAUGGUGUUACACACAGCAUGACUCAUCUGCGGCCAAACUACUGGAACCAUAUUUAUUUAGAAUAGAUUUAUAUCGUAUUUAAUAUAUUCUAAGGUAAGUUAACGCUCUUAUACUUUGGCGUAACAUCACUAUUCGUAACAUCACUAUUCGUAACAUCACUAUUAGUAACAUCACUGUUAGUAACAUCAAUAUUAACCAUCUUCAAAAAAGCAAAUUCAAACAAAAACAAACACACGAAUGUCUCUCUCUUAUCUACAAUAGUCGGAGUAAAAUCGUAAAUGAAAUAACACUUAAAUAAACAACAUUGAAGUCAUUGUAACGUUUAACAAAUCUGAAACAAAACAUGUCUUCUUUACAUGUCACUGUAUUCUAUGAACAUCAUCCUAUCACUGGGACGAAUGUACAGUCAUCGUUAAACACAAAGGUCAUGGCAUGAUUUAUUAAGACAUCAAGUACAUAAUCAAUUCAUUACAACCACAUACAAUACAUUUGAAAACAACAACAACAACACGCUAAACCAUUUUGAUCUGAUUCGGGACCAGGCAUAGUUUUGUGGGCUCUAUUAUUAAACCUUUAUACACCCCCGGCCCCAGCACACGUGUGUUACAGUGGAACUCCGCUCUAUGUUCCGCCUCCUAUAAGAAGAGUACGCAUAUGAUCCAGCAGUCGUGGGGUGGCUCUCCAAAUCUCAUAAAUUCCUACUUGAAUUUUUUGUUUUUUCUUCACAGAGCUAAAAAAAAAAAAUUCCCUGCAACAUAAUCUAAAGGCUGAGACUAUUCGCACCCGGGCACCAGAAGCGAGAGGUUGGGAUUAAAAAACUAUUUAAAAUACUAUUGUUAGGUUUGUAAGACAAAAUGAGGUAUCAAAAUAAAAGAUAUUGAAUGGACUAUAUGUCUGUAAACUUACUUCUUCAGUUUAACUAAAAUGAACUACCAAAAAAUGACAUCCCGGGACACACGAAUUCACCCCCCCCCCCCAAAUAGCGACAAACGGCUUUGGUUUAAUUUGAGUAGAUUAUAAUUUAUUUCAUUUUUACAAAUAGUUAUAUUUAUGUUUAUGACUUAAAGCAUUGAUCGCUUUAUGGUAAAAUAGUGAACACGCUUCAUAAAGCUACAUUGUUCUCCGAAGAAUAUUAAUAAACUCUGUUAUGUAGACGACGUGUUUACGACAUUUUCCCCCGUGCUGUGAACUCUAGCAGACACUGGGCGUAGCUUAUUCCCUUUGAUCUUGUUUACCACAAACCAAUCUAUCGCCUGUUUUCUUGACACAAAUAUGGUAGUAAAUUGUACAAUAUUCGAGUCACUAAUACAAUGCGUAUUUGUACACCUAACCCCCCUGUACACCCCACCGCCUGUACCCCCACCCCCUGAACACCCAAACCCUGUACGCCCAAUCCCCUGUACACCCACCCCCUUUACACCCACCCCCUGUACACCCAGCCCCUGUACACCCAGCCCCUGUACACCCACCCCUUUACACCAACNACCCCCUGUACACCCACCCGCCGUGCACCCCCCCCCUGUACAGCCAACCCCAUGUAGCCACCACCCCCUGUAGCCCCCACCCCGUGUACACCCACCGAAGCUAAACUAAAUCUCUCCAGUUAGCAUGCGGCUCAUCAUGAUUGACUCCAUUUGACUUAAUCACACACUGGUGUGUAACGCGGUGCCCGUGUAUUCAGUGCACUCGAAAACACGUGUGGUGGCCUUGUGACUUGAUGAAAUGUUCUUAGAAUGAUGUCUGAAUGUAUAAGAACGUUCACCGCAAUGAGCGUGUCCAUCUAUUCUGUCCCUCUAUGAAAAACAAAUGCCCGUCUUAAAAAGAUAAAAUCAGUAUUUCAAUUUGCUCUUAUUGUGAUUUUCGUCAAGUCAGAAUCAUCGUUCUGAUCUCUUGGCAUCUUCUAACGUCUUCCAACAUUUUAACACAGCUAGUUUGGUGUUUAUUGGCGAGAUUAAAACCCCUUUAAACUAUUAAAUGGCAAUGUAAAUUUAUACAGAUCAUGUCGACAACCUCUGUAGAAUAUUUGUACGUUGGACGCGAACAAUUGUCUUAUAAGACUGCAACUGGAUUGCUUUUAAGUUAAGACCUUUUCCCCAUCACACUAGCCCACCGGGUGACAUAUGUUAAGGAGAAAUACAGAACAACAGAACAAGCAGAAACCUUUCAAUGACAAACCACCAACCGCUAACCACCGUAUGUAAUUAAGCGACGGGUCGUGAACACACAACUGUUGUAAGCCAAGACAAUAAUUGUUGGGCUAUCAAAUGUCGGGACGUGACGUACAAAAGAUCGUACCGAUAGCACAGCCGUUUGAUCUUUAGUCACUUCGCUGCUUGAAGUGCUGUAGUGUUGUAGUGCUGUAGUGCAUUACUGCUGCCUGGCCUUUUAAUGGGUUGGCAUUUGAUUAAGCUGUUACAUCAUUGCUGCGAUUGCUGGCUGUCACAAAACAAAUCUACCAUUCUAGAGUCUCACAUUUAAACAAAGUUAAAGUAAAACUUGGGAAGAAAAAAGGGGGGGGGGGCAGUCUUAAAACGCAGGCUUAUUUUUGGAUCAAUGGUACUCACAGGACAUGGCAAUCAUUCACAUGGUGCUUACAUCAGUUUUAGUUAAAGCAUUAAUGAAUUAUACGCUCGGAUUUAGACUUUUCAGGUGCGUUAGAGAAGAUGCGUACAGACACCGGCCCGCGGGCAAGUUCUGACUAGCCAAAACUUGCCAUCUGGUCCUCUGAGUAAUUUUCAGGAGCACGCUAUGAAAUAAAUUAUUAUAUACGUGAAUUUAAUCAUCAGGAUCAAGGAGGUCAUGAGAUAAGACUUUGAUUAUUUCAAUUCAAUUUCUCAUCAGUAAAACUUGGCACAUAAAAGUGGGUCGAAUUUCUCUCAUUGAUUUUAAAGCGUCAUUUCUUCAUAUUGAGUAUCAGUAAAAUUAAUGAUUUGGCUAAGCAUGAUUGAGAACAGUUUUUGUUGAAGAUCAUUGUUAAAACGAUGCCAUUACACUGCACACAAGUGUAUGGCCAUGAUAGUUAGAUUGUGUUACGUUGCCAUGCUAAUCAAGGACAUCUAUCUAAUUUCCGUUAGUGUCAACAUAUUGAGUAAACCGUUUACUAUCAUCACUAAUCAACGGUCAGAUUUUAUCAGUCAUCAAAAUUUAAAUGUACACAAUAAUUCAACAACUCCUAAACACAAAGAUUUUCGUAUAAAUCUUUUGUACACGUUUAUAUCGAGCAAUGGGGUGGGGGUGGGGGAGGGAGGCGAUACAAUUUUGUAUAGAAUGUUGUGUGAUCGGUGACGACUCUAUGAGCCAAGUUUCAGCUUGAUAGGUUGACGGGAAAUGGGUCAAUUAGCCGUCGGAAGAUUUUGCAAACACCCAGCCAGAAAGAAAAACGCGAAAAAAAAGAAGUUAAAAAAAAAAAAAAAAAAAAAAAAAAAAAAAAAAAAAAAAAAGAAUCACUUACCCCCGUGGGCGUCGAGGGUCGGGGGUCGGGGGUCGGGGGGGGGGUCAUGCCCUACACUUUGAGACUCUCAAACCGCGGGCAUUUCUUCCAACGUGUAGGGCGAACGGUUGUGACGUCACAUACCAGGUGAUCCAUAAUGUUGAUGGCAGAAAUAUGUACAAGUGAACCAUGGGAAAACAGACGACAUUCUUAAAGGAAAAGUCCUGUUGUUUUACUGUGUCGUGCGACAUCUGGCGCCUCACCGCGGCAGGUCGCUAAUAGGAGAUUAAUAAAAAAAGAAAUAAUAAUAAUAUCUAUUCUGUUUUGUCGUACCUACAGAUGAAAUGGGAAAUUAUUGAUUAUGUCCAGAGUGAUAAAUCAAACAUGUUGGCUAUCUAUUGGUAGAGAUGCUAUUGUGUGGCUGUUUCGGUUUGGUAGCUAUAUGAAUAGUAGCUAUGUGUAAAGAAAAUCUAAAACAAUGUCGCAAAGUCAAGAUAUGAUAACCAUUUUUGGGUAAGUUUCACACAGUUCGAUUCAUUCAUUUUUACUGUACAUUCUUUUCUUCUUUCUUCUACUUUGUAGUCACGGGAAAAUCGAGUUAGAAUUUCAAUUUUCUGUUAAAUGUAGUAAAUGGAAGUGAACAUCACUCCAACAUUUGGGCCGUAGUAAUAAUUUGAAAAUUGAGGUCUUCACUUCAAUUCGUUUCACUAUUUCUGUUUCGCCAUAUUGUACUAUACUGACUCAUUGUCACUCCCCUCUAACUGAUACACAACGCUUGAUAUUACUUGGGUGUGUGAGGUUAAGCUUUUUUACCUAUUGUUUUUAAAUGUAUCAUUUCCUCUAAUUGCUAAUUUUAAUGUGUGAGCCAAGGCUGGGGUACUGCGCUAUUAUAAAAACACCUUAAUAAUAACAAUAAUAAUAUAAUAAGAUUUUUUAAAAAAUAUUAUUAUUUUUUUUUUUUGCCCUUCUAUUCGUAGAUUACAGAGACACUAAAGAUGGCGAUGUUUGUUGCACGUCUACUGCCCCUGGCUGCACAACUCAUCUGGAUCAUUAGCGGCGCCUCGGCCCACCUGACAGAAAGCUGGUGCAAGGAGGCGGAGACCGACUGUCAUUUCGUGCUGGUCGUCGACUAUGGGUUAACCAUGAUGUUCAACAGAGACCUGGUCAAAGCGGACAAUGGGAGACUGUACAAGUUAGUCAUUAUCAUAGUGGUCUUUUUGUUUGUUUUUUUGUUUGUUUGCUGUAAUUUACUAACGGUAAACAAGAAGUUGGUCAUUGAAGUGGCGUUUGUUGUAAUUUGCUGACGUCAAAGGAGGGCCACAGCAAGAUGAUAUUUUAUUAUCUGUACUGUUUAAUAUGCAAUCGAUUUAAACGACAUACGGACAAUGUUCCUAAUUUAUUUAUGAGGAGUCACAUUGACGUUACAAUUGACGACACGUCUUACAUAACCACUUUCAAUAUAACUGAAAUAAAACGUUAAGGCAAUCGUGUUUACCUAUUUUAUCCCCACUUGUACACGUUCGACUACUCAAAACUUCAUAGACACACGAGUUCAUUCCGCCCCCCCCCCAAUAGCGGUUUUGGUUUAAUUUUAGUAGAUUAUAAAUAAUUUAUUUCAUGAUUAAAAAUGGUUAUAUUUGUGUUGAUGGCUGAAAGCAUUGAUCGCUUUAUGGUGAAAUAGUGAACACGCUUCAUAAAGCUCCACGGAUCUUCGAUUAAUACAAAUAGACUCUCAUAGAUAUAUCAUCAAUAUUUAAUGAUGUUCGGCUGGAGCAAUUAAUAUGAUAUUCGGCUUCGGCAUUAUGUAUGUAUGAUAUUCGGCUUUUGCAUUAAGUAUGCUAUUGGGCUCGACAAUUAAGUAUGCUAUUGGGCUCGACAAUGAAGUAUGAUAUUCGGCUUUUGCAUUAAGUAUGCUAUUGGGCUCGACAAUUAAGUAUGAUAUUCGGGCUGGGGCAUUAUAAAGUGCAAAACGACCACAUUCAGAUGUCCAGGAGAGUUCUGUUCAUUUUUAAAAUUAAAACAGAAUGAAAGACUGCAGAGAUAAACUGUAAAUCGCAAACAGGAUAUGCUAAUCGCUACUUUGGAUGAAAGAUACCCCAGAAAUAUUUCAUUGUUAGAUGAGCGGAAUUUAACAAAGUUGAGCUUUAUAAAAAAAAAACCUAAAAACAAAGUUUUUUUGUCUAAAUCCUUUAUAGAAUUUUGGUUUGCAUUUAUGUAAUUGUACGUGAUUUAUCAUUUAUGUAAUUGUAGCAACUAUUUUUUGGUACGGGAAUGUUUUUUUAAAUCAAACUUAGACCAUGUAACCGCCAAUAGACAAGAUAUAUUUUAAAACAAAACGUCUCAAAUACAUAGCACAUAGCACGUAGCACCUGGCACAUAGCACGUAGCACCUGGCCACAGUUCAACAAUUAAUCUCCACACGCGCCCAAUUGAACAAAUCAAAUGUCAUUCAUCUUCCCACUGAAAAACAGGAAACAGUUACUAUUGGGGGAUGGGGCUGGAGAUGGCGAUGGGUCUGACAAUUUGAUUUAAUGUGUUUUUAUCGGCAUCAAGUCUCUGUGCUAAGUUUCAGUCCGAUAGGAUGACAGAACGUGGAUCAAUUAGCCAUCCGAGAAUUUUGCCGCUAACCCUCGAAACAAAACGAAGUUAAUAUAAAAGAUUUAAAAAGAGGACAGCGUAAUCUCUAAAACCGUUUAGUAUAAUUAUUUUAUCAUUGGAGGACACUAGUGUCAUCUCUAAAACUAUUUAGUAUAGUUAUUCUAGCAUUUGAGGACAGUGUCAUCUCUAAACCCAUUUAGUAUAGUUAUUGUAUCAUUGUAAAUUUUAAAGCUCGAAUAAUCCGAUCAAAAUAAAUUUGGUCAAUCUGCAUUUUAAUUUUUUUAUUUUUAAAAUAUUAUUUAUAAAAAAAAAUAAUCAAAUCUCGAUACAAACACAAUAUAAUAUCUCCUUAUUUGUUGCAGGUAUGACGUAAAAAGUACAAACACAAUAUAAUAUCUCCUUAUUUGUUGCAGGUAUGACGUAAAAAGUACAAACACAAUAUAAUAUCUCCUUAUUUGUUGCAGGUAUGACGUCAAUGUUUCCCAUGAUGCCUCUCAAAUACCAAUGUCUGAGGUUGUCACAGCUGAUGGCUUCUACGAGCCGCGCCUCGUUAUGACUUUCAAUGGGACCAUACCUGGGCCUGCACUGCAUGUGUGGAGGGGUCAGAAAGUUCAUCUUAGGGUCAUCAACAAAAUGAUGCAUGCAAGUACACUAAGGGCUCUUUUUUAAUCCACUCUUGAUUGCACCAUAUCUUUGUUCACAAAUUAAUUUAGGUUAAGAUUUUUUUGUUGUAAAUUUUACCACGAAAUAUUCAUAAAUAAUAGCCAACACAUAAACACUGUGACAAGACAAAUAACAACCUUAUGUUUAAAAAUCAGUAUCUAAAGUUAAAAUGAUUGAAAGUCAUUCAAAUAUUUAAAAAAAAAUUAUCAAAAUGAAGAUCAACUUAAAAUGUAGUAAUUUUGAAUCUAGGAGACGACUUCAGUUCAUUUCCACGGUGUCAGACAAUGUGGUACACCCUACAGUGAUGGCGUCCCGUUUAUUACACAGUGUCCCAUUUUACCAGGACAAAGUUUUGAACAGAGAUUUGUGUAAGUCUUCCUCUGACAUAUUCGCAUUAUUGUACGAUUAUAUUAUAAAAGCUAGCGGGGCGUGACUUCGGUGUGUGGCGUAAUUAGGGGUGGGGGUGGUGGGUUGUGUCUUAGCCCUUGGUUUAUUUAUAACCAAUACGAAAUUCGAUCUGGUUUUAAUUGUCAUUUCGUCUCUCAUUGGUUUGUUCUGAACGUUAACAAAUAAUUAUCAUUUAAGCAUCGUUUUUUAAAUUCCAUGUCUCAACUGUUACAUCCAAUGAUAUUUUUUACUUUGAUUGACAGAGUUGACCAAACUGGGUCAUACUUCUACCAUUCUCACAGCGGUCCUCAAAUGACAAACGGAUUAUAUGGACCUUUAGUAAUACAUCCAAGGUUUGUUAGAUAAACUUUAUGGGUUACUGGUAACAGUGGGUGCAUCAUUUAAAACUAGGCCAGCUUUUCAAACAGUAAAUGUACCGCGAGGCGCCUGACACGUUACGUUAAUGUUUCUCUUAGAGCUACCUCCGACACCAAGAGAGACGAAAGUCCAGGUCCAGAAGUUGACGUGGCCGAUGAGUUUAUUCUGAUGUUUCAAGACUGGAACCACGAGUGGGAUUCGAACCUUGUCACCAUGAAGAUGAGGUGGGGCAUCUACUCAAGGGGACAGAAAUACCAAAAUACGCAGACUCAUGCUGGAGUCAGAUACAGGUACUAUGUUGUUUUCUUAGUCUUGUUUUAAGAAAGUUUUCAUGUUAACUAAGAGAACGCUUGUUUAAUUAUAGGUCAGGUUGGAUGUGUUGCAUGGCUCAGGACAAGAUUAAAAGAAAAUUUUACCAAAUAUAGCAAUAACAGAUGAAAUUAUUUUUUUUUUCUAAGAAAAAAAUAAACGUGUUGAUAUUCUAGUCAUUUAUCUGCAACAUAUACAUCUCAUGUAUCUCAAUUUGAAAACAUAAACAUGAAAAAUAACACUAACGUAUUCUUGGCCAAGCCGAAACGCUCUUGUCUCAUUGUCCUGUUUCUUAAUUCAAGCUUCCGCAUACCUUGUUCAACGAUAUCCUUAACACACCUUGAACGCGGCCCUUCAUUUAUUAUCCCUUAAACAAUAUUAUUGCAGUUUGACUCAAAACUGAUUUCAACGGGUAGCUAGUUACCUGUCAACUUAUUUGAAGCUUCAUCUCCGUAAUUUUAUCUCAUCCAACUUUUAUUUAACCCCAACAGCGGCUACGUGUUCCAUUCUGGUCUCAUCAACGGCAGGGGUCGUUUCUAUGACGACGGCGGCCACCACAACGAGGCGCCACUGUCUAUCUUUACCGUUGAGCAGGGCAAGCGCUACAAGUUGGUAUCAAAUUUGAUGUAUUGCUGACGUCAUGUAUGUAUUUUUGACGUCAGUGAUUGUAUAGGUGACGUCAUUGCUGUAUUGUUGACCUCGUUGAUGUAUUGUUAACGUCAAUGAUGUAUUGUUAACGUCAUGUCACAAGAAACUCACCAACUACCUUCAAAAAAUUUAUCAAAAUAGUACACUCCAAGUACCACAAAAAAAAUUAUCCUUCGUUUGCAGUAAUUAUAGAAACCUAAACAGAGAUAGAGAACUACAUUGAGAUCUUGGAGCAUGUACAUGCCUUGUUCCACCAUUUUUUGUUCUAUGCAUAUCCCACAUUUCCGUGUUUUUUGCAUUACACAUAUUUCUAAUGUCAGCAAAUUUCCGUGUUUGUACUAUACAUAUUCCUAAUGUUCUUGUUUGUACUAGACAUUUCCUAAUGUCCGCAAAUGUCCGUGUUUGUUCCCCAGGUUGCGCCUGUUUAACCCAAGUGACAUUUACCCAUUUCGUGUGUCCGUUGAUGGCCACCCUUUCCUCGUGGUGUCCUCAGACGGCGAGGACCUGGAGCCGGUCAUAGUGGAGUCGAUCAUCGUGCACCCUGGGGAGAGGUUUGACGUCAUCAUCAACUGCAAUCAGACUCGAGAAAACUACUGGAUCAGAGGACAAACACUUGAGGUACACAUCUUUCAGGUCAAACACUUGAGGUACACAUCUUUCAGGACAAACACUUGAGGUACACAUCUUUCAGGACAAACACUUGAGGUACACAUCUUUCAGGACAAACUCUUGAGGUACACAUCUUUCAGGACAAACUCUUGAGGUACACAUCUUUCAGGAAAAAAACACUUGAGGCACACAUCUUGAAGUGUAUGAAAAUAUGUGUUUAAUAUUAAGACCUUCGAAAGUGUGAACGUAAAACAAAAAACUAGCCAUCAAUCUAAUAAUAAUGCCCAUUUCUCCUCUUUACUAUUUAGGUGGGCCACACACACAUCGCCGAGGCUGUCCUUCGUUACAUCGGCGCAUCGGAAAAUUCUGAGCCUAAAUCUACACGAAGACGUUGCUCAGACCUUGACCCUUGCCUGGUUCUGAAUUGUCCAUUUCUCUACUACCCUGCGACAGCGCACACAAAAUGUAUCAAUUUCGACCAACUCCGGGCACCACGUGUCAAUACACUAAAGGUGAAAUGGGAAUAAAAUAGGUCAUAAAUAAACCAAUGAAUAAGAUAUAAAUACGAUCUUACAAAAUCCGGGCACCAUUUUUUUAAAAUUUUUGAAACGUAUAUGUCGAGAAAAACUAGUAAUGGAUUUAUAAAGUCAAAAUAUGUUUUUGAUAGUAGUUAAUCUGCUCCAGGAGAUUAUUUCGAGUACAAUAAUACAUGCUGUGUUAACAUGGUUGCAAUUAUUUUAUAUACAUAAUCUGCAUGUUUUUGUUGUUUUUUAUUGCACAUCCUUUACGUGUAUGUGUUAUUUCAUUGAGCAGCCAUCAAGCAGCAAUAAUUUGGUGGAAUACUUUCUCAACUUUGCUUUCCCUGGACAUACGGAGACCCCAGGCUCAGUCAAUGGCCGAGCAUUUGUCUUUCCACCAGCGCCCUUCUUGUCACAGGUAGGCCUGCUACACGUCAGGCAUCUUACUUUAAAAUACACUGAAAAAUCUUCUUUUUGUCACUAGCAAAUGUAAAGACAAAACUAAGAAAUGAAACUUAGACACCGAUGUAUUAUUGAACGUAAUUUUAAGUCAUGAUGCAUUUCACACAUCAACUCAAAGUAAUUUUAAUUCACGACACACGAAUAUUUAGUUUGAUGUCAAGUCCGACAACUGGAUUACAUUAUGGAAUAUCGCCUUUGUUGGCGGUGGCGUAAAAAGAGUUUUGUGCCACCCGGACGGUCCUAGGAUUUCCCGACCCUUCCUACCGAAAGCGACCACAUACAAACCAUUUUUAAAAACCUCUUUCAACACUGAUGAAUCGAAAGUUUUAAUGUGGAAAUUCUUCCCUGCUUUGGGUGAUCUUCAUGACAAAUAACUUCCGUUCAUGACUAUCUCUUUAUACAUCUCAAAGUUUCCACCACUGUAAGUCGAACUGCCUUGACAUUUGCCAACCCUGUUAAAUUACUUGUGAAUAUAAUUCAUCCAUAUUAAAUUACUUUAUACCGUUUAUGGUAGUUAGUUGAAUCCCGGAUAAAAAAAAUAACUUUGAGGUGUUGUAAAGUUGCCCACGAUGAUCUAUUAUUGUAUUGGCAGUAGUUUUAAAAUCUACCUUUCAUUUACCAAACACAGCAACAAAUGCUCUCUAUCUCUCUCGGUUUCACUAAAGACCAUGCACAUCACAGAUUACACUCGAUACCGAUUAACACAUAAUUAAGACGAUUAAAGAUUGAAAAACCACCAAAUAUUGCACACCACCAAAUAUUACACACCACCAAUAAUUACACACCACCAAUAAUUGCACACCACCAAUAAUUACACACCACCAAUAAUUGCACACCACCAAUAAUUGCACACCACCAAUAAUUGCACACCACCAAUAAUUACACACCACCAAUAAUUGCACACCACCAAUAAUUACACACCACCAAUAAUUGCACACCACCAAUAAUUGCACACCACCAAUAAUUACACACCGCCAUGUUUUGUUUCCCUCAGCCCCAAGAUGCGCAUGUCCAAUGUUCACGUGACCAGUGUGGCGACGAGAAGAUUUGCCACUGCCCUCACAUCAUCUCUUACUCACGAGAUGACCUCGUCCAGCUGGUCCUGGUCAACAUGGGGGCCGGGAGGGGCUGGGACCAUCCCAUCCACAUACACGGCCAUUCAUUCCAGGUGAGCUUAAGACAUAGUUACGCUUGAUUGAGUCAACUCAAGUAAAUUCAAUUUUUAUCUGUAAAAGUGACUGCAGUGGUUCCCAAACUUUUAGUAUUCUCAGCGCCUUUGGUUGUCACAAGUCGCCGCCCUAUAUCCAAUUUUAACAACUUCACAGCAAUGUAUUUAACAUAUGUUUUUAAUUAAAGGAUUGUACAACAUGAAAUCGAACACCUACCGAUCAUUUAUUGUAAUAAAGCUUAACAUGAAAAAUCUGCAGUUAUCACUACGUGAAAUACUGGUGUUCGCACACUAUCGCCGCUAGAUGUCGCGUCCUAUCACAUUGAAUUUAGAAAGGAAAUAAAGUUAUAUAAAUGUUGAUUUAAUCAGCUGUGCACAGCUUGGUAACACAGUGGUUACAGUUUUUCACUAUUUGAUAGUUUUUUUUCCCCACCGAAACACAAUACAUCAAUUACAGAGCUAAACAAGCAACGCUUUUUUUUUCAUAGAAAUCUGUUCAUUUUAUUUUAGAAAAAAAAAUGUGCCAUGCGGUAAAUCUGGAAACUAAAAAAUCAAUGGGUUUAGAUAACUUCAAGAAAAUCAGGCAGUGCUUAUUUAUGUUUUUGCCAUUGUCAAAGAAAUAAAAAUGUUAUCUUUCAUUUUAAUGAUAAAAAAACAUAAAGCCAGAAACAUUACAAUGUUUUGAUUAUCAAUUAUUUCUAAAACCAAUAGGUGGUCAAAAUAGGUUAUCCCACGUACGACGAAUCUUCAGGGAAGUUCAUCAAGGAGAACCAGGACAUCAACUGUGGCCAGGGAGAGCAUGGCACGGAGAGCUUUUGUAACAAUGCCAGGUGGGCUGACCAGACCUGGAAAUCUGGCAAUAUACCAGGUCUAGAGCUGACACGGGCCCCUGCUAAAGACACAAUAGUGGUGCCAUCUGGUGGUUAUGUGGUGGUCAGAUUUAAGGUAUGCAUAGUGGUUCCAGAUUUAAGCUAUGCACUGCACUUGUGAGAUGUUUUUUUUAAAAUGAAUAUACAGGAAAUUAAUUUUUACUCUUACGGAUUCAUCAUGAUUCAUUUAUUAGCACCAUGUUGUUGUUGUUCGUCCUUCACAUGCGAAGAUGACAAACGCUAUAUUACACGAUGAGUAUGCAUGUGGCCUGCCAGCUCCACCUGCGCCCGGAAAGCUUUCUUUGGGCAUGAGCGAUACACUUAUAAUCUGAGGAUUUUGCUCCAACAGUAAGUCUGCCCCGCCAGCUUGCAUGGUCCAUGGCAAGUGUCUCCCAUGAAUCAUUGUCAAUGUCCAUGGAUUUAAGUGAAGCUUGUAGACAGUCAUUGGAAUGGGGUUUUUCUGCCCACCAACUGAGCGCUUCCUACUUGAGAGUUCUCUGAACUACAUUCCUUUGGGAAGUCUGCUGUUUGGCAUUCCUGCGACAUCCCCCGCCCAUCUGUCUUGUCCUUUUGUGUAGGAGCUGUGUGGAUGCUGAUACCUUCAGCCGGUGUAAGACCUCUGUAUCAGGGACUCUGUCCUGCGAGCUAAAGCAAGGAAUUGUACGUAGGCAGUGUAAUGGAGAUGGUUUAGCUGUCUAGCAUGUCUGCUUUACACUGUACAUUAGUACCAUAAAGACUUAAUGAAAAGCCCUAUGACAAGCUUUUCCAUUUUUUUCUCCCUAAACUAAGAUUAAUCACUAAGAUUUCUCUGUAUGCGUUUACUAUUAAUCUUAUAAUCAGACUUUUGGUUGUAAUAAUUUGAACUGCCUUCUGUAACAAUCUCUGAGUAACUAUGAUACUGACAACAAAAGGAAGAGGAAAACAUUUUGUAAUCGAUACAAAUUAAAUAAAAACAAUAAAAAGAUGCGUUUCAAAUAAUAUAUUUUAGUUUAUAUGUAAGCUCAUCAUUUUGGUUUUUCUGUCAAACCUCGUGAACCAUUUUUUUAGGCUGACAACCCAGGUGCAUGGUUAAUUCACUGUCACCUUGAACUUCACAUGACCGAUGGCAUGAUCGCUAUGUUGAAUGAAUCUUUUCCCUUGUGGCCUCAACCGCCGACUAACUUCCCAAAGUGCAACAGUUUUCAUUGUAAGUGUUCCAAGUAAUUUUCUCGAACUGCAAAAAGUUUUCAUUUUAAGUUUACCAACUAAUUUCACUAAAUGCACAAGGUUUCAUUUUCAGAUUAUCAUACAUCUUCAGUUAUCGCAAAAAGAUGUGAACAACGUGUCUGAAACCUUAAAGUAUCGGAUGCCAUAUCAGUUCUUCCUUCGACUCACUAAUCAAUUGUUUAAUUGGUUGGGGGGGGGGGUGGUGGGGUUGUUUCUACUAAUUAUCUUUUCUGCCAACUAUCUUUAUGACAACUAUCUUUAUGACAACUAUCUUUAUGACAGCUAUCUUUAUGACAACUAUCUUCAUGACAGCUAUCUUUAUGACAGCUAUCUUUAUGACAGCUAUCUUUAUGACAACUAUCUUUAUGACAACUAUCUUUAUGACAGCUAUCUUUAUGACAACUAUCUUUAUGACAACUAUCUUUAUGACAGCUAUCUUUAUGACAGCUAUCUUUAUGACAACUAUCUUUAUGACAACUAUCUUCAUGACAGCUAUCUUUAUGACAACUAUCUUUAUGACAGCUAUCUUUAUGACAGCUAUCUUUAUGACAGUUAUCUUUAUGACAACUAUCUUUAUGACAGCUAUCUUUAUGACAACUAUCUUCAUGACAACUAUCUUUAUGACAACUAUGUUUAUGACAGCUAUCUUUAUGACAGCUAUCUUUAUGACAGCUAUCUUUAUGACAACUAUCUUUAUGACAACUAUCUUUAUGACAGCUAUCUUUAUGACAGCUAUCUUUAUGACAGCUAUCUUUAUGACAGCUAUCUUUAUGACAGCUAUCUUUAUGACAACUAUCUUUAUGACAACUAUCUUUAUGACAGCUAUCGUUAAGACAGCUAUCUUUAUGACAACUAUCUUUAUGACAUCUAUCUUUAUGACAACUAUCUUUAUGACAGCUAUCUUUAUGAAAGCUAUCUUUAUGACAGCUAUCUUUAUGACAGCUAUCUUUAUGACAACUAUCUUUAUGACAGCUAUCUUUAUGACAGCUAUCUUUAUGACAGCUAUCUUUAUGACAGCUAUCUUUAUGACAUCUAUCUUUAUUACAACUAUCUUUAUUACAACUAUCUUUAUGACAACUAUCUUUAUGACAGCUAUCUUUAUGACAACUAUCUUUAUUACAACUAUCUUUAUUACAACUAUCUUUAUGACAACUAUCUUUAUGACAACUAUCUUUAUGACAACUAUCUUUAUGACAAGCGCAUAUUAACAUUUGAUAAAAUAAAUCAUUACAUACUUUACCAGAAUUACAAAGAUUUUUAUUCUUAAAUUAUGCUCCAGAAAUAUUUUAGCUACAAUAAAUGAACACAGCCUAAUAAUAUUUGAUUACAUUAGUUCAUCUAAAAUUUCACAUUGUUAAAAAGAAAAUAAGAUCUUAUUUCAAUAAUUCUUAUAAUGAUUUCUUAUUUCAUACAAAUAAAUUUAUUUUGAACUCUCUGUGAAAUUUAAAUGCAUUUCUUUCAAAAGACUUUGUUUUUUUAAAGAAUGAAAUCAUAAAUGAGCCUUUAUUUAUUUUGUUGUGCAGAUGAGACCGACUACAUUGAACAGUUACAGAAAAAUGGGCCGAGAUGACACGUGACAUAUUAGCUACAAUUUACAGCAAGAGUUCAAAAAAGUUUAAAGAGCUUAGAAGCCCCUCGAAUUAUGUUUCAACCCUGGCCAUGUGAAUACAAUUAGUUUAAAUAAAUCCAAUCACUAUUGAUAUCGUUGUCUGAUCUCGUUGUCUGAUCUCGUUGUCUGAUCUCGUUGUCUGAUCUCAUUGUCUGAUCUCGUUGUCUGAUCUCGAUGUCUGAUUUCGUGGUUUGAUCUCGUGGUUUGAUCUUGUUGUAUGAUCUUGUUGUAUGAUCUCGUUGUCUGAUCUCGUUGUCUGAUCUUGUUGUCUGAUCUCGUUGUCUGAUCUCAUUAUCUGAUCUCGUGGUCUAAUCUCGUGGUCUGAUCUCGUUGUCUGAUCUCGUUGUAUGAUCUCGUUGUAUGAUCUUGUAGUUUGAUCUCGUUGUCUGAUCUCAUUGUCUGAGCUCGUGGUCUGAUCUCGUUGUAUAAUCUCGUUGUCUGAUCUGUUAUCUGAUCUCGUUGUAUGAUGUCGAUGUCUUGCAUUCCCUUAUUCGCUAGUCUUGUAAAUAGCUGUUACACAACUAUAUUGUUGAACUGAGUAACUUAUUUAAUCGCAAGCUAUUGUGAUGUUUCUUUCACUUAUAAAACUAUUUCAUGCUUUUUAUACUGCAUAUUUUAUUUUUCAGUGCAAUGAC